CGAUUCACGACAUCAACCUCCUGCAUGAAACUACGGCAACAUGGAACAUAGCGUGACCGUGACGCUGUGGCAGCUCUCCGAGACUUCUUUUACGUGGAACCUCCUAGAAGGGCAAAGCCGGGACAUUGUCGAAAGUGGCGACGGUAGCUAUAUUCUCAGCAUCAUAAGCUCUGAGAAGGCCGUAGGUUCUAUCACCGUGGAACCCUGCGGUGUUAAGCUCCAGGCAAAAGCAGAGCCCAUCUGCGUAAUUCCAAAAGAAGCAAGCCCACAUGCGGAAUAUACCCUCAACGCAUCAUCUUCGAGCAGCACCGAGAUUAUCUUCCUGAGGGAUGGCGAUACUUUCUUCGUCAAAUCGCCUGCCAGGAAGUUCCAUGUCGAAGUUAGGAAGGAUCAGGUCGAUGUUGGGAAUGAUCAAGUGGACGAUGUGAGCGGUGAAGUAAACGUUGAGAACGAUCUUCUUGGCGCUGGGAACGACUGUAUUGAAAAAGUUCAGGUUCGCUCAUCGGCGUCCACUGCUAAUGUCGUAGACCUUCAGAAUGGGGAUGCUGAUUCGGACCAGACGGAAGACGAGGAGAUUGACAUUCCCAAUUCACUUUUGGAUGAAGCAACACCAAAUCCUACAUUAGAACGAGCUGACCUGGUUGAGGAGACACCAACCUCACGAAGACUUCAACAAGCCCAAUCUGGAAAAGCUUCCUCUGCGACUUUGACUGGAGAAUACGUCAGUCCUCAGGAGUUGGAUUUACGUGGAACGAACCCCGCCGGGAUGGAGACUGGCAUUACCCAGGAACCAUACUGUACAGCGCCUGGCAAUACAGGAGAUGCCAAAGAUGUCUCUAGACAUAACGAAAAGGACUUGGAGCCAACUAGUGAGCCGCCACCACGUCAAAAAGGCGUCUCAGUUGUUAUUGAGAGGGCACACAGCAAGCGAUCGAGUCCGGUCGAUCUGGAUGGUGACAAUCUGGAUGCCCGCGGACCCCCGAGUAAAAAGCGUCGAACGUCCAACGACGACUCACAGGAUAGUCGCAUUGAAGAGAUAGUAGUGGAUACCAACACCCGUCAGUCAAGACAGGCCAAUUUCCCCCGUAAGACUUCGAAAAGCAGAAAGAGGUCGUCAUCGCCAAUCGCGAACCACUUGAGAUCGUCUCAGAAUACCGUGACGGAAUCUCAGCUUUACGAACUUUCAGCUCCAAGAGUUGCGUUUAGCUACAGCACUAUCCCGGAUCAAAAGAAGUUCAUGGCCUUUUUGGAGAUGCACAGUGGUAAAAAGGUCGAAGCAGUGAAAGAUGCGAAUAUCCUUUGUGUGGGGCGCUCAGAGGUCAAAAAGACGGGGAAAUUGCUGCGUGCCAUCGUGCUCGGCGUUGCUAUCGUUACAGACGACUGGUUCAUCAGCAGCCACGCCAUGGGGCGCUUGCUGAACCCUGAUAGAUUUGCACCUCGAGACCACAAGAACGAGAAAGCGUGGGGCUUUUCGUUGUACGAUGUUCUUGGCAAGGAGCAGCGUACCAUCUUCUCGGGAAUGACAAUUUGUUUCACGCCAGCCAUGAAAGAGCAUCACAAUUCCUUCAUAACUGAGAUGAGGGAUAUCGUUCUCGAGGCUGGAGCAGAAAAAGUAAUAACGAGAGCCGCAACUGGCGUGAAAGAUGACGGCAACACGAUCGUCAUUGCGGUGAGCGAUGAGAAAGACACUAAUGCAGCCAUUCUGCAAGACAGGGGCAUGACCUGUUAUACGAGAGACCUCUUGUCGACGAGUAUUCUCCGUGGCUCGCUAGACCUAGAAAGCGACGAGUUCAUCAUCAAGCCAGACAGCUCGCACGGUGCCGGUGCACCGAAGAAGUUCAAGAGAGGUCGACCUCGCAAAAGCUGAGGACGUGCUGGAGAGUGGUCUCGGUUGCGUGCCCGCCGUGGUUGCGCUAUGUCACAUUAUGGGAGGUGUAUUUGUUCAUGAUAACAAUGUCUGUAACGCGGUUACCGAUUGACGAAGCUAUGAUGUUUACGAGACAUGGGAGAAACUGGCAUACUUAGGGGAACCAAAGGCAUCGGGACAAAGACUUUUUGCAGCAUAGCGUGGUUGACUUUUCCUAGUGUGCCUCACAAACCACCAGCUACUAUGCCAACUUGUGGUACUAAUAGCAUAUUUCUUCUCUUCAAAAUUCUCUUUGCAGUACAAAAUUUCAGCGCCUCAAACCCCAAAAGAAGAUGAUUCCCACUCUCCACCGCCCCGAC